AAACUGCAUGAAUGAAAAUACUGCCAGUAUACGAGUACCGUAUAUACCGUAGCAUGUACUUACUACAGUGCUAUCAGCCUAUCACGCCGUCAACCGAUGGCACUAUGCCAAAAUCUUGUUUGUUUUCCUUUUUGGAGCUUUUUCGUUCGUUUGCGGUUGCUGAAUUUUCGAAUACGAUUUAUUCAACUCUGAUUUGUUGGGAGUAAAAUAUGAAGUAUUAUCCCCUAUCCACUCUUUGACGCUCAGUAAAAGCGUGAGCUUUAGUUUUGUCGACACUGACUUGUAAUGCCCAAUCUCCUGGACGAGUGUUUUGGCUUGUUUGCGCCUGCGGAUUCGGAAAAUCUGAAUAGUAGUCUAGUAAUCUUUGAUGCCUGUAUUUAUGGUGGAAUUUUAUGAAUAUGGAUAUUAUUGUUGCCAUUUAUUUGCGAUGAUCACAAUGCAUGGCUAACGUUCGCGAAAAUGCAGAAUAUGGUGAAAACUUCGGAUUCUCCAGGACACGAAAGGAUUUUCAACGGUAUGGCCAAAAGUAAUGCAAGUGGACUUCUGCGCCUGUUACGAGAGAGGCUGGCGUUUCUUUCUGGGGGUCGAGAUAGGCAGGGUGGCGCUAUCAUAACCUUUCCAGCAUCGUCAAGUGUACUAGAGGAUGUUAGGACUGACGAUCUGCGCCAGUUAAUGGCAUAUUUAACUGGGAUCCCCAGUGAGGAAGUGCGACGCCAUGGAUUCACCAUCAUUGUGGAUUUACGAAAAUCCCACAGUAGCGGAAAGGCAUUGCUCAAAGCGUUUCAGGAAACGUUUGGUUGUCCCAUACGCACUGUAUUUGUGAUUAAACCGGAUAGUACCAAAGCGAAAUCCACUCAGAGCAGUUCGAAAUUUCCUUUUGAGGUCUUGUGGAUUUCCGUUGAUCAGCUACCAAAGUAUAUCAAUACAUCACAGCUGACGACCGAUCUCGGUGGAUCGUUAUUCUACAAUCACAAUGAAUGGGUGGAACUGAAAGCGAUUAUUGAUGAUUUUAUUGACAAGACGACAAAGAAGUUGGAUAACUCGGAACAGCUGAAACGAAGCCUCCUUAAUGCCGAUCUGGCCAAUGACCUAGUCACUGCUGAUAAUAUGCUCAAGGAGCACGAUAAGCUUCGAAAAAAGAUCAAAGAUCAGAAUUUUAUUCCUGUCGAAGAGAUGGAGGAAGAAGGACAUCGAAUAUUGUCGCGACUGAGCUCCCGAACCGAUCCUUAUGACGCUGCUCAUCCAGCUUCCAUCAACAGUUCUUUAUCGUCAAUUGCUCAAAAUCCUGAUUUUCAGCCUUUGUUAAAUAAUGUACGGAUUUUAUUGGAGCGUCUUCAUGGAAUUCGCGCUCAACUCUAUCACGCUUGUCAACAACGACAAGAAAAACUAGAACACUGUCGGCAGUUACGGUUAUUUGAACAACAAGCGGAAAAGAUGCUCGAACGGAUGAACUCUAGCCGGCAGCAAUUUUUAUUAAAUUAUACAGAAAUUGGAACUUCAUAUUCUGCAGUUAAGGGACUUCAGGAUCGGUUUGAGCAACUCCAGAUGGACUGUUUGAAUAUGUUUGUCGAUGUUGACCGAAUUUUGGAUAUCGGGGGUCGUUUGGUGGAUUCCGGACACUACGCGGCUCAGGUUGUGAAGUUAGUCGCCAAUAAACUGGACCGAGAAAAGAAAGCUAUUGGCACAGGAUUGAAAGACAGAGCAAAUAUUCUUUCUCUAUCGGCAACCUUCCACAGAAAGGCGGAAGAUUUUGCAAAAAAUGCACCUUCCUGGGCUGCUGCGUGCCAAAUCGAAAAUCUCCCUAAUGAAAGCGCAGCUCUGGAGAAAUUAAUUGAUCAGCAUGACUUCGUUGCUAAAUCCAUUGGACAGGCAUAUACGGAGGUUCACAGCUGCAGCAAAGAACUUAUGCACCAUCUGAACAGGCUUAUUAUGUUCUGUCGUCGUGCGCUAAGUGAUUAUUGUACUACCGACGGCAAGGCAGUUUUGGACACAUUGCAUGGGUCCUCGGAUGCGUCCAGCAGAGAUCAAGUGGUUUCCAAAGCGGACUACACAAGAGAAGCUGCUCAUAUCCUGGAUGUCAUUCGCAACAUUUUGGCGCAUUACCGGCAGUUGCAGCAGUUGUGCGAUGCAAAGAAAGCUCAUUUGGAGAACUACUGGGCAUUGCGAUUGUUUCAGGACGAUGUUAGACAGGUUAUCGAUUGGAUAAAUACUUGGGGUGAUCCCUUCCUGCAGAAAACAUGCGAAGUUGGCAAAUCACAUUUGCGGGCUAAGAAGUUACGAGACAGUCACAUCGAGUUCGAAGGAGUAGCACAGAACACGUACACCAAUGCUGCCAAAUUGCUAGAAGCUGCCAGGCGCUUAAUCCAAAAGGGAGGUCAAAACAUCGAUGAAGUACGAAAUAGUUCCCUGGACCUGGAAAAACAAACAAAAGAAUUUGCCGGUCGUGUAUCCGCAAGAAGAACGAUGCUUGAUACUGCCGUUGCUUUUUAUGACCACCUUUCAAACUUGACAUCUUGUCUCGAGCAAGCAAAAAAGUCUGUUCGUGCUGACUUGCCGGUUGAUUCUUUGGAAUCUGUUGUGGAAGGGUUGAAUCGCUUAAGCAAUGAGCGGCAAGCUGUUAUGGAGUGUUGUACGCAUACAGAUCGCGAAGGAUAUGCAUUGCUGAGCCAACUCAGAGAUGCUUCGAUGUUAGAAUCGGUAGACUAUAACCACAUCGAGCAUACUUUGAAAAUCAUCGCAUCUAAUCGUGAAGAAUUAGAUGCAGCUUGGGAGCCGAGACGAAUUGUUUUGGAUUUGUAUUUGAAGUUGCGUAUGUUUGAGCGUAGUGCCAGUGAAGUAGCGUCGGAUGUUGACUCCUGGGUGGAUUCCAUUCAAGAGAACGAUCUGGACAUUGAUGCGCCACACGCUAAACAGGAGUUCAGCGAUCUGGACACCCGAGUUGACCAAUUGUUAGCCUUAAGUCAACAAGCGUACGCACGUGGACAGGAAUUGACGCAGUAUUUGAGCAAUUUUCCUCAAGUGAAUAUGGUCGAUUUAUCUCACAUCAAACAGCGUGUGGCCAGUUUACUGGACUUCCUUGUGGAGCGACAGAGUGAUAUUCCGGCAGUGGCUGAAAUUUACCGGAUACGAUUGCAGAAUGUCGUCCAGCUGAAUCAGUGCAAUGAACAGGCACAGGAAAUAUUGAGUUUUGUCCACGCUAAAGAAUGCGCCCUCAAAUCGCUUCCGCUGACGCUUAAAUCCUUGAAUGAAUCCGAAAUGUUGCUGCGCUGUCACGACAAAGUCCGCUCAGAAAUCGACAGUGCUCGGCCUGUGUUAACCAAAUUCCAGGAUCUGGCGGAAAACAUUGCACAGAAUGAUAUUGAUGGUGCUGAAGUGGCCCAUCGGCUAAUGGAGAAUGUCAAUUCGCAGUGGCAGCAGCUACUGUGUAACACCGAAGAAAUACACCGGGCCAUGUCAUCGGGUGUAACAUUCUACCGUGCUGCUGAUCAGGUGCGCGCUGUCCUGGGAGCCUUGCAUAACGAAUACGGCCACGAUGAAGAUUGGUGUGGCGGAGACAAAUCCCAAAGGGUAGACAAGAUGCAAUGGAUUGCGAAGCUCACCAGCAGGCAUCAGGAACAAAAGGAAGCCUUUAUGAAAGCCUGCACACAUGUUCGCAGGACUGGGGAGACUUUCUUAAAGUGUCUAGCCCGAGUUGUUGGACAACACAUGUACGCAGAUAUUCUUGAAUUACACGCCACGGAAGGCGUCCGCGCGAUAUUGAGCCAUGUUCAGAAUCUGGAGGAUGGAGUGCUGCAGCUGUGGACGCGGCGAAAAAAGCGCCUCGAUCAUUGUCAGCGGUACAUCGACGUGGAGCGCAGUGCCAAGCAGGCCCUGGCGUGGAUCCAGGACACUGGUGAGCUGUACCUGUCCACUCGCACUACAGUGGGAACCACGCAAGCAGCCACCGAAGCUCUUCUCAAUGAGCACAACGAUUUUCUCGGCACUGCAAAGGAAAACAAAGAAAAAAUCCGCAAACUGAUGCAGUUAGCCGACAGUCUCGUUGAGAACGGCCAUUCUCAUGCUACCAGUAUUAAGUCAUGGGUCUCAGCGGUGGAUGUCCGCCAAAAGGAUUUUAUGUCGCGUAUGGAACACUAUCAGCGCCAGCUCGAGCAGAAACUAGGAGUGGUCCUUCACGGACGUGAAGCGCAUAAUGAUCGCCAUAGUGACGCGUCCCUGGAGGGUAAACUUCAUGAGUUUUCAGCUAAGGAUGCGCCCGUUGAGAACCGGAAGUUAUUGCGAGAGAGAGAGGGUGCGAUGGCCGAGUUGCUGCUGACCGAAAAGGCCUACGUCAAGGAUCUCGCUGACUGCAUUAAGUAUUACCUCAAUGAGAUAAAAAAUCCCACCAGCGCUGUUAAUCGUCCAGUAGGCCUCUUGGCAAAAAUUCCUGUGAUUUUUGCCAAUAUUGAGGAAAUCUACGAAUUCCACUGCAACGUUUUCUUGAAAGAACUGGAGAAAUACGAAUCUGUGCCGGAAGAUGUUGCACAUUGUUUCAUGACAUGGAGUCACCGAUUUGAAAUUUACGUUACGUAUUGUAUGAAUAACCGACAAGCCCAGUCUGUGAUUGCCGAGCCUGUCAUCAGAGAUUACUUUGCGGAAGUUGGUGCCCAGUUUGGUUUAAAUUCCAGUUCAACAAUGAAUUCUUACAUUAUUAAACCCGUGCAACGCACUGUUAAAUAUGGCCAGCUACUGGAAAGGUUAGCAUUGUGUUGCGAGGAUGUGCGUGGAGAAAUCCGCGAUGCACUGGACGUAGUUCGGAGCGUAACACAGAAAGCCAACGAUGCCAGCAAUUUAAGUCUUAUGGAAGGCUACACGGAACCAUUGGAUAAGCUGGGUGAGAUUAUCCUGGUGGAUUCGUUACAAGUCUGGGAGCCGAAGCAAAUUAUCCGCAAGGGGCGGAAAUACCAAGUAUUCCUCUUUGAGCGGGCCAUCUUAUUCACCAAGGAGAUCAAGGAUGCCAACGGACAGAAGAAAUUUGUUUUCAAAAAUAAAUACAUGACAGCCGGUAUGACGAUCCAUGAGCAUGUUGAAGGAGGAGAGGAUUGUAAGUUUGCCAUAUGGAUGGGACGAGCGAGUGGCACUGCGAGCCAGUCACAGUCAACAGCCGGCCUUCUCUUGUCGGAUUCGAAGAUUAUCUUAAAAGCCUCUACGGUGCCUGUCAAACUCAGCUGGAUCCAAAAGCUGCGCGAAAUUACGGUGCAGGAUAAUAACUGUGUCGCAGCCGUCGAUACAGCGCCAUCCAGCAACAGCAGCUUGCUUCCGACGUUGAUGAACGGCGGCACUAGCCAAAAAGAAAGUAGUGCUAGAAAUAGCCGUGGUAGUAAGGAUUAUGAGGAUUCGCUCUCGCUUGAAGAAGGUUCUUCUGGACAUCACGAGCGUUAUUCGACCAUCUCGCACAGUUCAUCCAAUACCACCGACAGCAGCGAUAAGGUGUUGUAUGAGGGAGAUUGGGCAACGAUUACAGAAAAUUAUGAAGCCAUCCACGAUGGUGAACUGACAGUACAGAAAGGCGAAUGUGUUGAAGUACUGGACCGGUCAUCGUCGGCGGACACUUAUUAUGUCCGUUUGCGAAUAGCACCUUCCACUUCCGGAUACAAGUCGGGAUUGGCCGCUCAGAAGAUUAUCGAAGGAUACUUACCAGCCAAUAUUCUUGCUUUGGUGCCAAACAACCGAUCUGCACGACAAUUGUCACCAUCCAAAACUAUGCCUAUAGAUUUCAAUCCACACGGUGAAGCUGCACCCGGCUCGGGAACAAACAUUCCCCUUCAAAGCAGUACCUCUGGCGCAUCACAAGCCGCUGGACAUACGGGCAAUGUCAGUGAUAGCCAUUCUCAGGCCACCCAGCCAGCGCCGACCAGCAAGCGGAGAAACACAUUCAGAAAAUGGUUAACCAAUCCCGUGCGCAAGCUCAGUCAGAAUCGUAUUGAAAUGGGAGCUUCUACAGCGGGCAAAAGUCACAGCAAUCCCAACAGCACGGCUGUUGUGGGAGCAUCGUCAGCCGCCGCGGUACCAGUUAAUUUGCACAGUGGCGUAAACAGUCUGUCGUCCGUUCCUCCUGUUGCCGUUGGCCACAAAAAACCUCCAACUGCUUCCACUGUCGGUACCAGUGCGGCUCGGGAUGGUACUGCGGCGUCUGCUGCUACUGCUGUCGUCACUAGUUCUUCCACCGCCUCUUUUUCCUCUGUGACGAAGACAACAGCCCAAUCCCGUACAAAAGUCAGCACGCAGCACAACAACGCCGUACAGAUUCAAGUUCAGCCGGAUGACAUUCGCCGAGGCACUGUAGCACCUCCUCUUGCCCAGCAAGAAGUCUGGCACGAUGCCGAUGCAGCAGCAUCAGUAACCGCCUCAGCCGUCCAAACGGAUUACGAUCAUCACCUCGCUCUGAUUAGCAAGCCCACUAGUACGGAGGAUCCGACCAUUGAGCAGGCUGUUGGAGGCGCUCCCGUGGUAAAUCUUAUUAACACUGAUACGCCAGCAGAUAAUGAUAAUACGGGCCCAGCACCACCGGAAAUGCCUCCUCCAAUGGAACAUAUUCAUUCUAUACCGGCGCUAAAUACGCUAAAUCACACUUCCUCACCAGCAGCAGCUGGCGGCGCACAGGAGUCGUUGCCGUUUUCUUCUUCUUCAGCACCAUCAUUAUUAUCAUCAUCGGCAUCACCCACCGAUUCACAUAGCACUGUAAUCACUGUCAAUAACACGGCUACCGAUCCCCUAUCGAUCCACCCUCAAGGCAGUGAAUUAGCCAACCAAAUUGAAAAUCUCGUCGUCAAUUCUACAGCACCCACAGCAUUACCACCUAUGUCGGCCCGCGGUGAUCCAUCAAAAUUAGCGGCUGCAACCGAUCAUCAGCCGCCAAUUGGCACGGCAUCGCCCACUUCACCUGCCAAUAUGAGUCCUGCUCAGAGCUCAGCUAGUGUACUGGAGAGAACUGACAGGUCCAAUUUGGAUGUGGGAAAAAGCGAUAAUCCGGAAGAUAGUUCUUGUCAAGCCCAGCCGGACAGCUCCGCUCCAUCUGCUGUGGCUCCUGUCGAAGAAACCGUUCCGGAAACACUAGAUCCCAUCUCGCGAGCUGUGACAAUGCGAGAUUACGUCUUAAAAGAACUUGUUGACACGGAGCGCGAUUACGUCAAAGAUUUGGGACUGAUUAUCGAUGGUUAUAUUGCAUAUAUGCAUGAAAAUGCCAUGCCGGAUGAUAUGAAUGGACGGGAUAAGCUCAUUUUUGGCAACAUCCAACAGAUAUAUGUUUUCCAUAAAGACACAUUUUGUGGAGAGUUGGAGAAAUGUUUGGAUGCUGCUGAUCGAUUGCCGCGCGUAUUCAUCAAGCAUGAACGGAAAUUUCAACAUUAUGUCGUAUACUGCCAAAAUAAACCGAAGUCCGAAUUUAUUGUGUCCGAAUACAUCGAUACUUAUUUUGAGGACAUCCGUUUGAAGUUGGGGCAUAAGCUCAAGUUACCCGAUAUGCUCAUCAAACCCGUUCAACGCGUUAUGCGCUAUCAGCUAAUGCUGAAAGACAUUCUCAAGUACACGGAACGGGCACAAUUGCCCGCUGAAGAACUGCGUAAAGCAUUGAACUGCAUUAUGGGCAUAUGUAAACUGGCUAAUGACUUCAUGGAAGUCGGCAGAUUGCAAGGAUUUGAGGGGAAACUCACGGCUCAAGGGAAGCUACUGCUGCAAGACAGUUUUAUGGUCUGCGAAACGGUAACAGCCGCUGCUCCGUCCAGCCAGGGAAAGGAUAAGGAGAAGGAGAAAGACAAGGAUAAGGAUCCUUCGCAACCGAAUAAAUUCAAGGAGCGGCAGAUAUUCUUAUUUGAGCAAGUGGUGAUUUUUAGUGAAGCGGUCGGUGGGACGCACAAGAAGCCUUAUAGCAGCCCGGUGUAUCUAUACAAAAGCCAUAUUCAGGUGAAUAAAAUGUCGUUAAUCGAGGUGGAGAAGGAUGUGGUGCGUUUCGCAUUGCGUUCACGAUGCCCGCAUUCGGGUGAUCGAAUGUUCGUUAUUGAGGCUCCUGAUAAGGAAAAACGUGAUUUAUGGGUUGCCCAGAUUAAAACCAUGCUGGAUACCCAACAGAACUUUUUGCGAGCCCUGCAGAGUCCCAUUGAUUUCCAACGUCGUGCCCAGCAAGGCGACGACGCAAUGGGGUCCACCGAUCCGACACACCCUUCUCCGCCGACUGAACCGGCGUUGCUACCGCCUCAACCAUUGUCCACGAAACCACCAUUGCGUUUAUCCGAACGGUCCGAGGUGAAAUUACCAAAAUUUCUACGUCCCAAGUCAUACACGGAAGACCGUAGAAAAACCGCACCGGUACCGCAUAUCGCAUCAGAUGCGCCCCCAGCUCGUUCAGUGGGCUACAGCGGCGCUUUCACGGGACCCAUUUCACCAUCACACACAUUGCCCCAUUCGAAUCCCGAUUCCUCCAAUGUGCGGCAGGAGAAAUUCCUUUUCCCCAGCGCCGGUCUUGUCAAAUCGGUGCAUUCGGAAGCGGAUUUACUGAAAAGCGACACCAAAGGUAACGAAAGAAAUUCCGCUUCCAUGGGUAUGCCACCGAAGGCCAGCCCGGCAGAGUCGUUAACCAAUCUGCAAGUGGCAUCGGCCUCUUCUUCACCCAAAAGUGGUAUACGCCGUUGGUCAAUCAGCGGACGACGGGACCGGGAUAAAUCCCCGGCAGCGCGGCCUAGCCUUCCGGUCGUGCAGCCGCCGUCGCAAAUCCCUCAAUCUGCCAAAGAAUCCCGAAACAGUCUGAGUUUCCGGAGAAAAAACUAAAUGUUGUGUUGAUAUUUACAACCAAAAUAUUUUGGCUUCUGUGCCGGAAUUCUAUCCGGGCGAUUACACAUAAGCACCGCCGAAGGAAAGCAGUCAUUCGUGAUCUCCUUUCAGUCUCAAAAGCUGUCAUUUUUUGCAGUCUUUCAUGCAGCAUAUCGAAUCUGUUGUUUGGAGAAGUUCCUGCUUUUGAAUUCGAUGGUUUUGGACGACGUCGAGUGAUCGCAAUCCUACAAUGUUUUAGAAUUUAGUAAUUAUUAUUUUGCAUGCGGUUCAACACUGGUUUUUUCUCUCCGCAGUUUUGUACGCAUUUUAUGGAUGUAGAAUCGGUGUGCGUUCUUUUGUUUUGGAAAUUUUAAUUGUUAGUAUUUGUUACUGUUGACGAUGACCUAUUUAUUGGGAGGUCUCAAUUUCUGAAAUUUCGGUCUCUUGCAUUAUGCGGACGAUGUAGAAGAAAAUGAUAUUGUGUA